GAGAUCUGAGAAAGAGAAAUGUAAAUGCAUUAAGGCGCACGCAACGCUCAACACAACUGCGCCAAAUUGCCGUUGAGACCGGACUUGGGACCCCCUUCAGUCUCCGUCUCCAAACAACCCCUUUACCCUCUCUCUCUCUCCUCUCUCUAGAAGAACCAAGGAAUUCGGAGGAUCCAUGUCGUCGGUGGUGUCCAUGGAGGUCUCAAGCUCAUCAUGGGACGCCCUUCGCAAGCAGGCAAGGAAAAUUGAAGCUCAGUUAGAUGAGCAAAUGAAUUCCUAUCGAAAACUGGUUUCCUCAAAGGAUUCCACAAAAAUUGAUGCUAAAGAGAAUGAUCUUGAAUCUGGGAUUGACCGGCUACUAAAGCAGCUUCAACAAGUGAACUCCCAGAUGCAAGCUUGGGUUUCUUCGGGUGGCUCGGAAAUGGUUUCUCAUACCUUGACUAGGCAUCAGGAAAUUCUUCAAGAUCUCACUCAGGAGUUUUAUCGUCUCCGCUCUAGCCUCAGGGCUAAGAAAGAACAUGCUUCACUUCUUGAUGAUUUUAGAGAGUUUGAUAGAACAAGAUUAGACUUGGAAGAGGGUGGUGAUUCUGCCAAGCAAGGUCUUCUAAAAGAGCAUGCAUCUAUCAGCCGAAGUACAGGGCAGAUGGAUACUGUCAUUUCACAAGCUCAAGCAACACUUGGUUCUCUUGUCAUGCAACGAUCAACUUUUGGUGGCAUUAAUUCAAAGCUCAGCAAUAUUAGCAGCCGCUUGCCGACGGUAAAUCAUAUUCUUUCUUCAAUAAAGAGAAAAAAGUCCAUGGACACCAUCAUACUCUCGCUUGUUGCAUCCGUGUGCACUUUUCUCAUUUUUAUUUACUGGUUGAGCAAGUGAAGAUUGGGUUGCGUUAUUGGACGGUUCAGUCCGGUCCGGUCAGUGUGAAAUGGUGGCAUCCUUGGUCAUUUGAUGAUGCUCGGUCUAAUAGGUGGGGGAACAUAUAUUUUGAGAGUGAAUGGUGGUGACAUUUUCUUCUUGUGGAUAGGUCCAAUGUACUUUAAUAAUCAUCUUUGUUUACAGUCUUACAGAUUGCGUUGCCUUGUGAUGCCAAGGCUAUUCGAAGUCAGAUACGAAAAUAAGAUAUUCAUUCAUUGAUAGUAGACAUAUCAUCAACAAAGUUUUGUAUCAACCAUUCAGAUUUUAGUAGAUAUCUUAUGUUUACUACUUUUUUUUCCUGUUAAAAAUGGAGCUCAAAAGGGGUAGCUUGGUUUAUUUUUGGGUCUUCUAUGUUGUAACUCUGAUAUGUGAUAAAUAUGAAUGAGUUUCUUAAAACUUCAGACUA